GGAACCGCCGCACAUGAGUCCCCCGCAAAUCGUGCGUGAGCCGCGCGGCCGCGCCACCACCCACCAGAGAGCAAGCCGCCGCUGUCGCCGCCUGCCCGCCUGCCCCUCCGCCUGGGCCUCCCUCCCCGCGGUCGGCAGGUGCUAGGCGCUCCAGGCCUGCACGGAGGCAUGAGCAUGCCUCCGCUCUAGUUCCCUCUCCUCUCUGUUUUUCCCGCUUCUUAUUGGGGGCAGGGGAUGUCAAAUCUCGAUUCCACCGCCGCGGCGGCGGGGAGGGGGAUGGCGGAGCGGGAACCCACCGCCGCAUCUGUUCCAGCUUUGAAUGGGACACCGAAACGCAUGAGGAGGAGGAGAAGGAGGAAUAAGAUGCGGGAGCAACAGGACUCCCCGCCUGGUUUGGAUUCCACGGUGGCAGCAGAGGUGGAGGAACAGGGGGUGGCAGCAGAGGCAAAGGGAAGGAGGAUGGAGGAGAGGGAGGCCCCCGAUGCUGCUGCUUCUGGUAUGUCUUUGAAUGGGACAAUGAAAUGCAAGAACAAGAAGAAGAAAAACAAGAAUAAGAUGCAGGAGCAACAGGAAUCCCCACCUGAUUUGGAUUCCGUGGUGGCAGCAGAGACAGAGGAACAGGGGGAGGCAAAGGGAAGGGGGAUGGAGGAGCGGGAGGCCACCGAUGCUGCUGCUUCCGGUAUGUCUUUGAAUGGGACACCAAAAUGCAUGAAGAGGAGGAGGAAAAGGAGGAUUAAUAUGCGGGAGCAACAGUACUCCCUGCCUGGUUUGGAUUCCACGGUGGCAGCAGAGGCAGAGGAACAGGGAGAAGCAAAGAGAAGGGGGAUGGAGGAGCGGGAGGCCACCGAGGCUGCUGCUUCUGGUAUGUGUUUGAAUGGGACAAUGAAAUGCAAGAACAAGAAGAAGAAAAAGAAGAAUAAGAUGCAGGAGCAACAGGAAUCCCCACCUGAUUUGGAUUCCACGGCGGCAGCAGAGGCAGAGGAACAAGGAGAGGCAAAGGGAAGGGGGAUGGAGGAGAGGGAGGCCACCGCUGCUGCUGCUUCUGCGCUGGAGGGGACACCAAAGUGUGAUCAGGAGGAGGCCAAGGUGAAGGAUAGUGUGACGCUCAAGGAGGAAGCCACCGACACUGUUGUUUCAGCUUCAGAGGGUACACCAAAACGCAAGAGGAAAAAAAGGAACAAGAUGCAUGAGCAACUAGAGUCCCCGCACCCACAGGCAACGUCGGGUAUUGUUGGAGUGGAUAAAAUAAUGUCCAAUAAAUCUGAAAAUGGCUGCGCAGAUGGGGUAGAGGCAUCAGGACAUGCUGAUGUUAAUAUGGAUCCCAUAAAUGGGGAGGAUCCAAGUUGUGCUCAGUCAAAUGCAAAUGAUGCUGAUAUUUUGGUAGAGAAUUGCUCCAAUAACUUGCAGGAGAGCUCUGCGGAAAGAAAGAGACAGAAGAGAAAAAGAAAGUGGGGUUCAUCCAGCAGAGGGCCAGGUUUCUCUUCUGAGAAUGAUGGAAUGGUUGCUAAGGACAGCCUGGAUUCUUCAGCACAUCAUGAUCUUAGCUGCGUAUGUGCUUCAUGUUUAGUUGAGGCACGCAAAGAUAAUAUCAAGAAUAUUUACUCACCAAGAGGAUCACUGGUCAGGUUUCGCAGGAAAAAACUUCUGAUAUUGGAUCUUAAUGGUUUGCUUGCGGAUAUAAAUCAAGAUUACCACAAUGUGCACAAGGCAGAUGCAAAGGUUAAGAACAAGUUAGUUUUUAGAAGACCGUACUAUGACGAUUUUCUGAGAUUUUGCUUCCAGAAUUUUGAGCUAGGAAUAUGGUCUUCAAGGAAAAGGGAAAAUGUCAGUAUUGUUGUUAACAUUCUUAUGAGGAAUUUCAAGCAACACCUACUAUUUCGUUGGGACAUGUCUUAUUGCACUGUUACGGGGUGCAACACAAUUGAUAAUAAGAACAAACCAUUAGUGCUGAAGGAACUUAAGAAGCUGUGGAAUAAGGAGGACCCUAAACUCCCAUGGAAGAAGGGAGAGUUUUCACCUUCAAAUACAUUACUAGUGGAUGAUUCACCCUACAAGGCUCUGUGCAACCCGCCAAACACUGCCAUCUUCCCUCAUCCUUACAGUUACCGUAACCAGAGUGAUGAUUCCUUGGGACCUGGUGGAGACCUUCGGAUGUAUUUGGAGAGAGUUGCUGCUGCAGACAAUGUUCAAAAUUUUGUCCGGGAUAACCCAUUUGGUCAGAAUGCCAUCACGGAGAGUGAUCCAAACUGGAAUUUCUAUGUGCAGAUAGUUGAUAAAGUUGAGAAAGCAAAUAGAAUAGUUGAUAAAGUUGAGAAAGCAAAUAGUGGAUGAAGUGAAGAAGCAAGUGAGAGGUCUUUAGCUUUACAGGCAUGAAGGGUUCAAUCCGCUUAAAGUUUUGCGUUUGCUUGCGUUGCUUGGCAGAAGUUUUCCGUUGGGCCAGUGCAAGCAUGUGUAGUAUUAGUUUAGAAAUUGUUGUUUCAUAGACAAAACACGAUUCAAAUUUUUUGGAUAGUUACUAUUUCACCAUUUCCUGCUGGUAUAUCAUAACUAAAGAAGCUACAAGGGUGGUUCUCCUGAACUUUAAAUAUAGCUGAGGACUGAGUUGUGAA